CUCGUCUUCCAAAUGACCGUGCGGAUGGCCACUUGCCGCGAGCUAUCCGAGAACAAGGAGGAGGUCAAGCGUUUGGGUCAAUUGUACAACAUCAUGGAGAGAAGUGCCACUCCAACCGCGUUGCUCCUGCCUUGGUUCCCCAGUCGUGCAAAGAAGACGAAACAGCAAGCUACGACCGAUUUGUACAUGAAGUUCAAUGAUUAUAUCGACAUGCGCCGGAAGGCUGUCCCUUCGUCGGAUGCUUUCGACGUACUGAUCGCUGAAGGAUGCGACAACGCUACCAUCAUCGGCUUCACGCUGGGUGUGAUUUUCGCUGGUGUGAUCAAUACGCGAGUUAAUUCCUGUUGGGUACUCGUCUAUCUGGCCGCCAAUCCCUCCUGGAAGUCGCAGGUGAACGAAGAGGUCAAACAGCUCCUUGCCAAAUACAGCGACGAAUCUUCGGGUGACAAGUUACACCAGCGGCUCUCCUCCAUCCCGGUCAGUGCAUGGGAAGAUGAGAUGCCAGUCCUCGACUUGGUGAUCCGUGAGACCAUCCGGCUCACACUUACGGGGGCCGCGCUCCGCCGGAACAUGGAGGAGGAUCUGUACGUUGAAGGCAAGAGGAUCGACCGGGGGGCUUUCAUGGCGUACCCGUUGGGGAGUGUGCACAUGAAUCCAGAGAUUUAUACAGAACCCAGCAAAUUCGAUCCAAGUCGGUUUACCUCCGGGCGAGAGGAAGACAAGAAGGGCACAUUCUCGUACAUCGGAUGGGGUGUUGGUCGCCACCCGUGCACAGGCAUGAAGGUCGCCAAGCUGGAGAUGAAGCUGAUUGUCGCGCUCUUCCUCGCUGGUUACGAGUAUGAGCUGGUCGAUGCUGCGGGCAAGUUCCCCGAUCCGUUCCCGCAACCGGAUCGCAAUGAUAUCUCGGAGGCGCGUCCUCUGGGCGACCCUUGUUACUUGAAGUUCCGCCGCACAGUUGCGUGAACACUGUCGCCACUGCCAGUAAUUUGUUGCAGUAAUAUGAGGGAUUUAUGGUCCCUGAGAUACUAC